UGAACGCCCUCCUCCGCCCCCGACCCCACCCGUUUUAUUUCCAUUUUCUCAAGUCACAACUUGACCAAACUUUGUGUGGCUGUAACCAUGUUGAGAAAUAAAGCAGGAAUGUACAGAGGACGGAGCUGCUCUUUUAAAGCACUGUAACACACACGGGGAUCGGCUGUCUGGGAACUCUUCUUGCUUUUGUUCAUUGUUUUCUGUGAUGUGACUGAAGCCCACCAGAGCAGAACUAUGAGUGAAAACGACAUCCUGGAGAUGGACUCUCUGUCUGACACCGAGGAGCAGCACGGUGAUGCAGAGUCGGGCAUGAUAGACGAGGAAAUGGUUUACCCUGAAGAGUUUCUACCAACAUAUCACAGUAUUCGAGAAGGAGCAAAAGUAGCCAAAGCACAAGAGGCAGAGUUUAACGGCAAACCCGACUCCUUGUUCUUCAACGACGGCGUGCGGAGGAUUGACUUUAUCCUGGUGUAUGAAGAUGAGGACAAGAAGGACUUUGAGAAAAGACGCACAUUCGCAAGGCGCUUGAGACGGCGAGAGUACUUUGAAGCCAGCCUGAUGAAGAUGGGCGUGGAGUUGGAGGCCACACCAUCUGUAGUAGAUGACAAACUCACGUUUUUGAAGAUUCACAUGCCAUGGGACGUGCUGUGCACCUACGCUGAGGUCUUGCACAUCAAGCUCCCCAUCCAGGUCAAUGAUCUGUCGUCCCGCCCAUCACCGUGGCGAUAUCUCUCCUGGAUCACGAAGCCCUUCUAUCCCAACGAAGACCUGAUCAGAAAGGAGACCGAGUUCUUCACUGCCCCCUUUGAGAAAGACCGUCUGGACUAUUUCUAUUUCAAAGACAGAGAUAUUUUCUUCACUCCAUCAAUGAGGAGCAGAAUGGCAUAUUACAUCCUGAGCCGAGCUCCCUAUGAAAUAAAAGGGAGCAUAAAGAAGUUUGGCAUGAACAAGCUGCUGGAUGGUGGAGUGUACAAAGCUGCCUAUCCCCUCCAUGAUUGCAGGUUUAAUGUCAAGUCCAGUGAAGAGGGCUGCCCCAACGAGAGAUAUCUGCUCUAUGAAGAAUGGGCUCAUCCCAAAAGCUUCUACAAGAUGCAACCACUUGACCUUAUACGGAAGUACUAUGGGGAGAAGAUCGGCAUUUACUUUGCCUGGUUGGGUUUUUACACAUUAAUGCUCGCUCUGGCUGCUGCUGUGGGACUCGGCUGUUUCAUUUACGGAUACACCACUCAAGAUAUCAGCACCUGGAGCAAAGAGGUGUGCGACCCUAAUAUAGGAGGAAAGUUGGUAAUGUGCCCACAGUGUGACACAUGCCAAUCCUGGAGGCUAAACAGCACCUGUGACACUUCAAAAAAACUUUGCAUAUUCGAUAGCUUUGGCACAUUGGUGUUUGCCGUCUUCAUGGCAGUCUGGGUGACUUUGUUCCUGGAGUUCUGGAAGCGUUACCAGGCGGAGCUGGAGUACGAGUGGGACACUGUGGAGUUUCUUGAACAGGAAGAGCCACCUCGCCCAGAAUAUGAAGCCAAAUGUGUCUAUGAGAGGAAAAACCCCGUCACAGGGGUGAAAGAAAAAGUGCCGUAUACAGCCUGUGGACGAUGUGUUCGGGUGUCGAUAGGAAUGGGGACAGUCUUGUUCUGGAUUAUGCUGAUCCUGGCAUCCAUCGUGGCCAUCACUGUCUACCGCCUGGCUGUCUUCAUCACCUUCUCAUCUAAACUCCGAAACACCGACCUGAAGGAUCUGGAGCCUUUAAAGGAGUACGUGACGCCUCAGAUGGCCACCUCUGUCACAGCCUCAGUCAUCAGCUUUGUUGUAAUCAUGAUCCUCAAUGUUCUCUAUGAGCGAGUGGCCAUCUGGAUCACAGACUUUGAGCUUCCACGGACCAAGACGGACUACGAGAACAGCCUGACUCUGAAGAUGUUCCUCUUUCAGUUCGUCAACUAUUACUCCUCCUGCUUCUACAUCGCUUUCGCAAAAGGGAAAGCAGUUGGCUUUCCCGGGAAGCCUGUUUACCUCCUGGGAAAGUACAGGAAUGAAGAGUGUGAUCCUGGUGGUUGUCUGAUUGAGCUGACGACUCAGCUCGCUAUCAUCAUGGGUGGAAAAGCCAUCUGGAACAACAUCCAGGAGGUCUUGCUACCGUGGGUGAAGAAUCUGAUCUUUCGCCACUGCUCUAGUGCGGCCUCAGAGAAAGUGAUUCCUCGCUGGGAGCAGGACUACCAGCUUCAGCCCAGUUCAAAACUAGGACUCUUCUAUGAAUAUCUUGAGAUGGUCAUCCAGUUUGGCUUUGUGACCCUGUUCGUGGCCUCCUUCCCUCUGGCUCCGGUUCUGGCUCUGAUCAACAACCUGGCUGAGAUUCGGGUCGAUGCUUGGAAAACCACAACUCAGUUUCGCCGCAUUGUGCCGGAAAAGGCGCAGGAUAUAGGAGCCUGGCAGCCCAUUCUCCAAGGCAUCGCCAUCUUGGCCGUGGCAACAAAUGCCAUGAUCAUCGCUUUUACAUCAGACAUGAUUCCACGGCUGGUUUACUACUGGUCCUUCUCUGUGUACCCUUAUGGAGACCACCCUGACCACACCAUGCAGGGCUACAUCAACAGCUCCCUGUCUGUGUUCAACAUCAGUGAUUUCCCCCGCAGUUCACUCCUCACCAACACUUCAGUACCUCUCAACUUCACCACGUGCAGGUAUCGAGAUUUUCGCUUUCCUCCUGGACACCCCAGACAGUACGAGCACAAUGUCUAUUACUGGCAUGUGAAUGCUGCCAAAAUGGCUUUUAUAAUAGUUGUGGAGCACAUUGUUUACUUGACCAAGUUCAUCCUGUCCUACGUGAUCCCUGACGUCCCGUACGCCGUCAAAGAGCAAAUCAAACGAGAGAAAUACCUGACCCAAGUCAUACUCCAUGAGACCAACCUGAAGCUGGUGACCAGACGCUUGAAAAACGGCGACGAUGAGAUUCUGAGCAAUGAGGAGGCAAAAGUUACCAAGGAGGAGAUGUAGCUGGAUUUCAGACAGUAGGUGGAAGUGUAUGGAAGGAGACAUCACACCUUUUUAUGUGUCACAAAAAGUUCUUUCCCUACUCUGUACAUCUAUGAUUACCAAGUUUCUACAGCUUCCACCACAUCUGUUUAAAUGCUGAUGAAUACCGUAAACCAGUGACAAAAUGAAGACCUGAAACGAGACACAGACUUUGUUAUGAAAAGCAGACAGUAAAGUCUGAAAGAAGGCGUCUUCACUGAAGAGCUGCUGGAUAAAGAAAGGAGAAACCACUGCUGACUGGUCUUCAUCUCUAACCACUGCCCACUGUCAUUUCUAAGAGGAAAGUUUUUCUAGUGAAAUUACCUGAAAUAGUCCCGUCAGACUGAACAAAAUACAUGAACAGAGCUGACAUCAUGCAGUAAAAGAAGGGAUGUUUUCUAGCUGACAGCACAGGAGUAGACACAGAAUGAAACUGUGGAUAAGAAGAUCUCCUGAACCACUUUAACCACAGAUUACCACUGAUCUUGAGUUCAAAGCUGAAUUUUGAAUUUUAGCCCUCUGAACCCCAAAUGCACCCAUUUUAUCUAAAACAAUGCCAGAAUUGCCCCAAUUCAGAGCCAAAAAAUAUAAAGACUGAUUUUCAACAACUGUGCGUUUGUGAUGUGAUGUGUCGUUUUUCUCAAAAUCGCUUUAUUUUAUGUGCUUCAUUUCAAAAUUCACCAUUUGUUCUAAAUUUUUAUUGAGAAAAAUAAUGUUUCUGCACUUCUCAGUGCAACUGAAAAGCCUUUAGUGACUCGACCACAACAGCCUUGUUAGAAAAAGUCAGAGAUGAACAGCGGACUGUUUACAAGAAGAAGAAAUAUAAAUAGAACAAUAUCUAUCAUAUAUAUAUGUAAGUAAAAUAUGUCUGAGUCACCAUUUUGUUCCAGUAUAUAAAAUGCAUGUACAUGUUGAUUUUACUAUGUAUAAAAUAAUCUAAGAAAUUCAAAUACUUCUUAUAGUUUAUUGCAUUGCAGCUGCAUCAUACAGUUUUCUCUCCUGGCUGUGGUUGUUCUGUUUCCAUAGAGAUGCAGAACCACAGGAGCAAAAAUCACCAAGAAAAGGUUUGAGGUUCAGAGGGUUAGACAAUUCAGAUUUAGCUUUUAAUAAUUUAACAAAACCUUGAGCACAACAGCAACUCAGCACUGCCAUGAAGAGGAAAUAAAGUUACAGCAGGUUGUUGAACCAGCCGGGGGUUUUAUAUGUUGAUGUUUACGACCAGAUGUUCAGCGGAAGAGUAAGGAGAAGCUUCACUGUAGUGCAGUUUGUCCCAACAGUGUCCACUUGCUAGUUUUCUUUCCAGACCUUUCAGCUCCACCACAUGGUCUUAAUCUGCAGAUGGACCAGCUGUUAUGACUCCAUCUAUGACUUCUAACGUAUGUGAAAGCUCCAGGCAAAGCCACAAAAUCCACCUUCAGUCUGUUUCUUUGUUAAACCGAUGCUCAUUUUUGAUUUUAGUUUUAGGACUGCGUUGUACUUUCGUUUGGCUCUGGCAGUAGCGCUUCACUCCGUCCAAACAUUGAGCUCAGCGCUUCCACUGCCACGGCAUCACUUUCACCACAAAAUAUCAGUAUUGCUAGAUGCAGAUUUGCACCACUUAUGAACGCAACGUUGGAUCUAAGAGCCGAGGUGAUCUGUCAAGCAGCUCACGAUGAGAUUCCAGGAGUCAGAUUGUACAUGGACUAACCUUUCACUUGCCUGCUAACUAAAUGUGCCUCAGAUUAAACUCCUGAAGCUUUUUUUUGUUACUUAUGAGACAAUCAAGGCAAUGCGCCUGUUUGACUGUGGAAAGCAUGUGAUAAACAGUUUCAUUAUUAUGUCAGCUCAGCCUGUGUUUUUGUGUAAAUAAAAUUACUGCAUCUGUGUGAAGUAGAUGAUCGAGGCUGUGAUAGUCACAGUUUAUAUUCUCAGAUUAUACACGAUGCUGUAAUUCUCCUGUGGCCACCUCUGCUGUAUUAUUACUUCUAAACUACGGUACUAUAACCAUGAUGUAUACAAACAGUAUCAAAUGUCAGCUGUUUCUCUUUGUUGUCUUUUUGUUUUGUGUUGUUAUUAAAUACUUUUGGAUAAAAAAGU